AUGACUGCAUCAGCGCCGGCGCCCUUUGGCUCUGCCCCCCAGAAUGCGCAAAAGGAGGUCCAGGCUGUCCUGCUCAAGCAGCGGCCGAGUCGGCGAAGGAUUGGCGACGUGCCAUUUCCGAUGAGGAGAUACUCGUCCGAGCUCGUUAAUUAUGACAACUGGGACCAAAUGUUCUUCAAGAGCUGCUAUGGUGGAAUUACUGCACACAAAUUCGAGCCCGAAAACCCUCCGCAGGUUAUUCUCGACCUCGGGUGUGGUGGAGGGAACUGGGCAAUUGAGGCCGCGAGGCAAUGGCCGGAUGCCCAUGUCAUUGGCUUCGAUCUCUUCGAGACGCAGCCCCGGCUUAUGGAGCUCGAUGCCUUCUAUAUGCGUUGCCUGGAAGAUGUCGGCCAACCAGUCAAGUCGUUACCUAUCGCGAACGAGCUCGGAACAGCCCGCAUUGAAUGGGUACACGGAAACAUGUCCGCUUUUCACGCGCUCGAUGGCCUUCCUUUUCCUUCAGACUACUUCGACUUUGUCCACAUUGCCAACAUCGGCCUCGGGGUGCCCGAAGACGAGUGGCAGUUUGUGCUUGAGGAAGUUUGUCGUAUACUCCAGCCGAGCGGCAUCCUAGAGGUUAGCCAUCGCUUUCCCGAAUUAAUACCAACACCAACUGAUUUGUUUUUUGCGUAUAGAUUGUUGAAGAGGAUCUUAUAUUCCCCUGUGCCCCCCCCUCAUGCUUCUCGACCGCGUCAGAGUCUGGCGCCACUAAAUCUUGAUUUCACCCGCCGUGAUCGACGCGAUUCGUCCACCCCUCCAAGCGCGUUUUCUAGUCGAACAAGUUCGACACUAUUUUCUGAUCUCUGGAGUUUGCCCGACUCGAUUAGUCCAGAUGAUACCCCUCUCCAAAAGAAACCGAGUCUGCCGACCCUGCCCGAGGGAUUCACCGACAACUCGCGUAACUCAAUACCCUUCGAUGUGGACGCUACCCUGACCCGCCGCGAUACCCUGUUCCAAAACGAUUUGGACUCGAUGAUACCGCAAACAACCGACUCCGGGCAGCACCCACAGGACCACCAGCGGUUAAAAUCAGCCUGGGAGUCGAUGCUUUCCCGCCGUUUCCUGGCGUCCAGCGUCACCACCGUGCUUCCAUUCUACCUCUCGUCGUUCUUCGAGAAUGUGCAGAGCCACCCUGCGGUGCAUAUCCCACUUCCACAGGGCUCGAUGGGGCCUGAUCCAGAUUCACGGAGUAGCGGAGAGUCGUUUGAUGCCGACCUGUUUGAUCUGGCCCCGUCGAGCAAGCGGCUGGCUGACCCCGAUAUGCGGUCGAUAAAGUCCCGCUCAACGGGCUCGUCACAGCGUAUUGUCCAUUCGUGGGGCCGGAUGCAUCUUGGCAAGGCAGUGGCGACAGUCUCUGCCUGUAAAGAGGCACUGUGGGCAGAGUAUCAAAAACUCUAUCCCAAUGACCUGCCGCCGACGCUGCAAACAAAAACAGCACGCCCGAGUGGCGUGAACAAGCUGCGUGCCCUGAAACAUUCGCCGAGAGAGGCGUUUGAGACGGACUGGAGCAACUGGGAGAAUGACAUGGCUGACCGAAUGUCGAUGCGCGCGACCGUGCAUUCCGAGUUUGGCUGGAAGCAGCCCGAGCCGUCACCCGAGGCGCGCACAUGGAAAAAUCAUGUGAUGUAUCACCGCGAGGAGGGGGCCACGACGGGGACGCGGUCGAAUCCAGAACUGUGUCGCCUGGUCCGUGCGUUUGUCGGCUGGAAACCCGCGGCGGAAGAGUGA